GUCGAUGUCUUCUUGAUAAUUUUUACGUGAGAGGUGAUGGAACUAGAGUWUACUUUUUUGAACAAGAUGAGCUCGCAACGAUGUUUGAAUCGGCAGGUCUGAUCAAAGAACAGAACCACGUGGACCGCCGCUUACAAGUGAAUCGCGGGCGUCAGCUUCGUAUGUAUCGUAUAUGGAUUCAGUGCAAGUACCGAAAACCAAGGUAACCAAGGUAACCGGACAGUGUAUGGUCAAUCAGAGACCCUGGAAUGCCAUGAGACUUUACGAGCAGUUUACUGGGGCAAAGCCAUUACAAGGAGUGACCACCCUGGACGAYGUWCUAACAAAAUACAGCGGCUGUUCAUUAUAUUGUUUUAUUAAUCCCUUAACUUCGAAUUUUACAUCUUGAAUUGAWAGAGAUGCAAUAUUUAUUAUGGGYUUUAAGGUAGAGGAGUGUUAAAAGAGUGCAUCACCUCACCUUAUGUCACCUAACUGUGUUGCAYUGAAAUUGUGAUAUGUUCUU